AUGGACUGUGAGGAGCACAGGUCAAACCUUGCACCGGAGCAGCUAGAUCCGCCUGCAAAGUCUGCGUCAUCUUCAGCCCCCGCACAAGCGAAGCGUUUUGGCGAUGCGCAGAGUGAGGUCAAUGGGCCGCAGAAGCGCCAGGCUACGGCCAAGUAUCCUUUCAGAGUGCCUCCCCGGGCAGCAGCUCCCAGCCAGCACAAAUUGGGAUCGCUCCCAUCAACAAAUUCAGGUUCAGUGAUUGCACCAAGGCCCAGGUCAGGACCACCAGUGCGGAUGGUGGCACCAAGACCGCCGUUGGCUUCGACGCCAGACCCUGCUCCCAGGCAACGAGAUGUGGCUUUGGGGUCUCCAGAGUCACCAGGAUCGAGUGUAGCCGUGAAGCCAAAAGCUCUUCAACAGCGUCAGCCGGUCCCGGAGUCGACUGUCUCCCCGACAGCGAGUCAGAGGCGAUCCAAAGUGGAAGAAGAGGCGGCCAGCUCAUCUCAAAGUACGGAAGUGCCAGCUUCCCAAGGAGAGAUCCUGUCCCAGUCCACGUCAUCGGAGACUGCGGCGCUUUCCCAGGAGACCUCGGCACAAAUGACGACUGAGCGUGAUCUUGCACAAACUUCGAAGGCGCACUGGACAGCAAAAGACUUCCUUGCCGCUCUAAAGUCUGGCUACCUCGAGACGGUCGCGGAACGCAUGGAGGGAAAGAUUGGUAUACCGGACGAGUGCUGGGACCCGGCGUCCUCCAGGAAUAGCAUUAAGAACUUCUUGGAGCGCUACAACAAGACUGAGGAGCAGGACCAAAGCCUCCACCAUUUCGAGCAUUGGAGAGAUGGCUCGCACUUCCAUGCCACCCUGAUCGCGACAGGAUUUCACAACCGUCGUUUCGAAGGUUCCUCCGUAAAUGAUCCAAAGGCUGCGAGACAUCCCCCCGGUUCCAAAGAUUGGGUGCGCACUAGAAAGCGAUUCGCAGAGCGGGCGGCCUGCGCAGCGUUCAUGGCAGACCAGCAGGUGAACGAGGUCAGGCGAUGUCUGCCGCCUGCGAUGAGCAUCAUCCGCAAGAAAAUGCAGUUCACCGACGCCCAAAGGAAAGAGCUGACAGCCAUAUGUGGUCGCGAAUUUCAAACUGUGAGCGAUCAGAUAAUAGCGGCGGUUUACCAAGGCUUCAGAAAGCUGGGCUGUCGAACGGCCGCGUGGGAUGCCCUGCGAGGUGUUUCCGGCUCAGCGAUUCCCAAAGAGACGAGCUGA